AUGAGCAGAGUCCUUUUGACCGGAGGUAGCGGCUUCGUUGCGGCUCAUGUCGUAAAGACCCUUUUGGAGAGAGGACACACUGUGGUCACGACGGUCAGGUCCAAGACCAAAGGUGAUCAGAUCCUUGCUGCUCACAGCGGCUACCAGCCGGCAAGGCUGUCAUACGUUAUUGUGAGCGACAUUGCCAGCAGAGGCGCAUUCGACAAGGCAGUUCAAUCUGAACCGCCAUUUGACUAUGUCAUUCACACAGCUUCACCUUUCCACGACAACUGGCAAGAUCCCGUGAAAGAUGUGCUGAACCCUGCCAUCGACGGAACCACGGGCAUACUCAAAGCGAUCCAGAAGUACGCGCCCCAGGUGAAGCGGGUGGUCUUGACUUCAUCAUUUGCAGCCAUUGUGAACACUGCGUCGCCGCCCAAGGUCUACGAUGAGUCGUCAUGGAACCCAAUUACCUGGAAUGAGGCCAUUGCGGAGCGCUCACUGGUGUAUCGUGGUAGCAAGAAACUGGCCGAGGAGGCAGCAUGGAAGUUCAUGGAGGAUGAAACACCGAUAUUUGACCUGGUUACCAUGAACCCGCCUCUGGUGUAUGGCCCUAUUGCCCACCAUCUUGAGAACCCGGGUAGCCUUAACACCUCAAAUACACGGAUUCGUGACUUCGUCCAGGGCAAGGUCACAACCAAUGAGCUGCCACCCACAGGCACGUACCUGUUCGUUGACGUGCGAGAUCUCGCACUGGCACAUGUGAGAGCCAUCGAAGUGCCUGAGGCGGGAGGCAAGCGUUUCUUCAUGGUUGGCGGGCAUUGCUCGCACAAGCGAAUCAUGGAUGCUAUAAGGGAGACGCACCCGGAGCUCGAAUCCAAGCUGCCCAAGGACCCCAUCGAUGACUUUCCUGUGGAUGUGUACGGGUACGAUAACUCGAGGGCGCGGGAGGUGCUAGGGAUGCAGUUCCGGUCGCUUCGAGAGUGUAUUGGUGACACAACGACCUCCCUAAUGAAGGCGAUAGAACAAGAUCAAUAG